UUUCAAAAGGGUUGGUAAAGCUAUAAGUUAUGUGGGGUUGGAAGAGUAUUCAACAAAGGAUAUUUAGUAUGAUUCAGAUUAUUGUGUGGCCAAGUUCACAUCAAUUAUCCUUAUAUGGCCCCAAAUCCCAAUUUGUUGUUCGUAGGCUCUUGCGUCUUUGAUCUAAUCCACAACACUACAGCACUUCCACUCGCUUUGACUACGCCAUACACGCCCAUUAUUAGAGGAGAGUACAACCAGAAAAAGAUACAAAAAUAUCUCAAAGGAGCUUCCACUAAUGUCAAUCCAUGGAUGGAAUCGUCGGUGGUGCAGGGUAGGUACGAACAUUUACGUGACUACGCAGUACUGCUGUAAAUCUUUUCCUGACAUAAACGCUUCAACAGCAACACUUACGUGUUAGAGAGACCAUUUUCGGUUGUUUACAUGUGGAAAAGGGAACUCCAAUUGUGAACCAACAAACUUUUCUGAUAUCUCAACUACCCCCCCAGAUGGAACUGAUCAAUUCACUCUCUUAAAAUCAAACUCUCUACCACAUAAACCAUUGAUCUCAAAACUCUCUCUCUCUCUCUCUCUAGGAUACUGUGGUUCUCUACUAGUUCUCCAGCGAAGAGAUCGUUGAAAAGCCGGCUUCUUUCUCUCUCUGUUUUCAUUCCCAGAAGUUCUUCCAGGUUAGCUUGCUUUCAGUUGCUCUGUUUUCUUCUCUGAAUAUCCAUGGGUUCUCUGGACUGUGGGGGGGAGUGGGAUGAAACCCAUUUUGGGUCUUUGGGUUGUCUAAUGGAAGAAACCAAUGUGUGGAAGAAGAUAACCAAUGGUGUUCUCUUGAUUGAGAAAACUAUACAAAAACAGAAGUAGUUAAAGCUUACUCUGUUUUUCUUCUUGCUCUGUUCUUAUAUGCUCUGUUUUUCAUUACUUUGAAUACCAUGGAACCAAGAAGUAAUUGUUGCUUGAAAGCAUGUUAGUGGAAGAGUGGUGUUGGUCAAACUCUCCCCUUCCCUCCAUUUUUCAUCCAAUCACACAAAUGGUAGCAAAUCAACCACUCAUUUUCAGCUGUCCGAGCUAAAUGACUCGGUAACUUUAAGGCGAUCGGUUCGAAUAACGGUAGAAAAAUUCUCUCUUUGAAUCCAGUGCUAGCUAUAAAGUAUUGUUAUUGAAGUUGGUGGGUGCGGCCGUUGAUGCUGCCAUUUUCUCAAUGACUAAUGAACGAUCUCAUUUGAUAAUAUUCUAUUAAGUUUUUUGGAAUUCUUCUUUUGGUUGGUGAGGGUUGGCAUUUUUCUGGACAGUGGAUUUGGUGUGCAAUCUAUAUUAAGAAAUGAUUUUAGUGGAAGUUGGGCGUCAUUAUGUUAUAAGAAAUGGAUAGACUUUGCUUUUGUCAGCAAGAGACCAAGCAAUUGAGUAGUGGACAAGUGCCAAGACAACCCUAAAUAGAUAUAGAUAAGAACCAAGUGAAUGUGGUGGAGCAUGUACAAAUGAGAUAUUGGAUAGGAGUUGUCUAUGUUUUUCACUCACUAGACUUGGGUGAAUUAGAUUACAAGAUUUUGAUCUUUUGUAGAGUUUGGUAUUUAAUGUUUGGAAUGUUAAAAUAGUUCCUUUUGUCGGGUAUUUUAAGUUAUUCCUCGAGUUCGAGUAUGUUAACGUAUGCAAAUUGAUAACAUGAAGAGUUGCGUAGACUCUUAAAUUAGCUACUAAUUGAAGUCAGUUAAGAAAAUAAGAUGGUUUAUCAUAAUAUAAGUUAGUACUAAGAUCGAGUAAUUAGGAUGAUUUGCAUUGUAGAGUAGGUGCAAUGAGCAUUCCAUAUGAGCUUAUUUAAGUGUUUAUAUGGCCUUCACUAUAAUUCGUUUGAAUUUUUGAAUGAGUAGACACAUAAAUUUGGACAAUUUUGAUACUUUUUCUUUUUGAGAAAAAUAAAUGUAGUAAUUAACGGUGAGAUGUUUUUGUACUUGUAAGGAUAAAUUUAUCGGUCAACAUUAAUUUUUAACAAGUUUAUCAAUAAACCCCAAAAAAUUUAGUGACCAUGUAAACGAAAAAGGGUUUUUGUUGCUUCACCCAAAUCAUUUCCCUCUUUUUAUAUUUUCAAUCCAAACAAACCUUACCUAUCAAGAAUUUGGGUGAAUUGUUCCUUGUUUUACAAAAUCUAACUAUUGUUUACCAACAUUGAUUUUUUGGUAUCUUCAGAAAUAACACCUCCUCUCUAAUGUGGUAGCCUACCAACAUUGAUUUUUUUGGUUCCUAUUUUGUUCUCAAUUAACCUUUGAAAUUUCCAAAUGCAUCCUCCAAAGUAAUGGGGGUUUCUUGACUAUGUAAACCUCUUAUCAUAUUCUUAAUGGGUUUUGACUCUUGAUUGAAUCACCUUCCUCAGAUUAACCAAUUGAAUAAGUUACAUUAGGGUAUUAUUCCCCCUUAUUUAUACUAGCAUGAAAUCUCAAUAGGAACCUCAAGUGGUCUACUAAAUCCUGAUUUUAAUAUUAAACUUAAAUAAUCUAGCACUUUUAGAUCCUAAUCUUCAUUUAACAGCAAAACUUAUUUUAAGAGAAAUUCAGCUGGAAAAUAAAUUCUUUUUAUAUAUGACUUACCUUCAAUUGAGUCAUUUCCAUCAUGGCUUCCUGGAAUCUGCACGAUGGAAAAUUAGUAUAUUAAAUAAUGAGGCAAUCUUGACUUGAAUUUUCUACAAAAGCCAACAGGAUCAAAUCAAACCUUUUUUUUUUAACUUCCCAAUCAAGCAAAAAUGAUUGUUUUAUUUGCUUACCGAGAUUUCCUUAAAUUCCCCGUCCAAUUGCACAUCUUCCAUUGUUGUCUGCUAUUUCAUACUUUCUCUCUUUUUUCACUUCUGGUUUAGACAUCGUGAUGAAGGAUGAGUAUGUGGAAGAAGGCCAAAACAAGGCUGCAACAACAAAGGAGGUGGAUCAAGGGAAGCUUCCUGCAUUGACAUGGCAGAGGAAGCUCAAUAGUGAACCAACCCCUCCUUUGCCAUUCAGUCUUACUUUCAGUGAUGUUGCUCAUAUGCUGCCAAUAGGGGUGAGGUUGAUUUUUCACACCAAGGCAGAAGCUGCAAAAGGAAGGGAAACCAUAUUUGAUUUUCUCAGAAAGCACCAUAUCACCGGCGAUCAUGGCCUCCCUUUAGGCGGCUUAGGAACAGGAAGCAUUGGAAGAAGCUACAAAGGGGAGUUCCAGCAUUUCAAGUUACUCCCUUUGGUACACGAAGAAAAGCCGGUUUUGGCUAACCAAUUUUCGGCCUUUGUGUCUCGCCCGGAUGGCAAGAAGUUCUCUUCUGUGUUAUGCUCAAGCAAUCCUGAAUUCCCCAAAGGAAGCACAGGUUCUGGAAUUGAGUCUUGGGAUUGGAAUCUUGGUGGUGACAAGACUACUUACCAUGCUUUGUUUCCUAGGGCUUGGACUACUUAUGAUGGUGAGCUUGAUCCGGAAAUGAGAAUCGUCUCUCGUCAGAUGUCACCUUUCAUUCCUCACAACUAUAAAGAGAGCAGCUUCCCAGUAGCAGUGUUCACAUUUGAGCUCUAUAAUUCUGGAGCUACCUCUGCAGAUGUCACAUUACUCUUUACUUGGGCAAAUUCACUUGGUGGGCAAUCUGGAUUUACAGGGCAACACUACAACUCAAAGAUGAAGACAAAAGAUGGAGUUCAUGGAGUUACCUUGCAUCACAAGACAGCAAAUGGACAACCUCAGCUCACAUACGCCAUGGCAGCCCAGGAGACAAGCGAUGUUCAUGUGUCGGAAUGUCCUUGCUUUCUAAUAUCUCCCGCCUCCUCCCAAUCCAAAGGAAUCACAGCCAAGGAUAUGUGGGAUGAGAUUAAGAAGCAUGGGACAUUUGACCACAUGUGCUGCAAAAGUGCACCUUCAGAACCAGGCUCAUCAAUUGGGGCAGCCAUAGCAGCUUCUGUGACUGUCCCUCCACACUCUGUCCAAACUGUCACAUUUGCAUUAGCAUGGGACAGCCCAGAAGUAAGGUUCAGUGAGAAAAGUUACUACAGACGUUACACGAAAUUCUAUGGCUCGUUAGGGGACGCUGCAGCUAGGAUGGCUCAUGAUGCGAUUCUUGAGCAUGGUCAUUGGGAGGCUGAGAUAGAGGCAUGGCAGAAGCCAAUUCUUGAAGACAAAAGGCUACCCGAAUGGUACCCAGUCACUCUCUUCAAUGAACUCUAUUACCUGAAUGCUGGUGGGACAAUAUGGACAGAUGGAUCACUCCCUUUGCAAAGCUUAACAUCAAUCAAAGACCAAAAAUUCUCCCUAGAUGGAUCAAUCAUGCAACCAAAGCACCAAAACCACAUCCAUUCACCCAAAAAUGACACAGCAGUCGACAUCCUAGAGAGAAUGGUGACAACCUACGAGCAUAUCAACAACCAAACUACAUCAAACGCUGCGUUUGGAGCGUACCUCAUGAGAGAAGGAGAAGAAAAUGUUGGCAACUUCCUCUACUUGGAAGGCUCAGAAUACCUCAUGUACAACACUUAUGAUGUUCACUUCUACUCGUCGUUCGCCAUCUUAAUGUUGUUCCCAAAGCUUGAACUCAACUUCCAACGAGACUUUGCUGCUGCGGUGAUGAUGCACGACCCUACAAAGAUGAAGAUCAUGAGUGAUGGGAAGAUGGUUCCCAAGAAGAUGCUUGGUGCUGUGCCACAUGACAUUGGAUUGAAUGACCCUUGGUUUGAGGUCAAUGCUUAUAAUCUUUUCAGCACGGCUAGGUGGAAAGACUUGAACCCCAAGUUUGUCCUCCAGAUAUACAGGGAUGUGGUGGCCACAGGCGAUACGAGCUUUGCUAGAGCAGUCUGGCCAUCAGUGUACCUCGCCAUGGCAUACAUGGAGCAGUUCGACAAAGACGGGGAUGGAAUGAUCGAGAACGAAGGUUUCCCUGAUCAAACUUAUGAUGCAUGGCCCGUCCAUGGAGUGAGUUCUUACUGUGGUGGCCUUUGGGUGGCUGCACUACAGGCCACAUCUGCAUUGGCUAGUGUGAUUGGCGAGACCGAUUCAGCAAAAUACUUUUGGAUAAGGUACCAGAAGGCCAAAGCUGUGUAUGAGAAGCUCUGGAAUGGAACAUACUUCAACUAUGACAGCAGUGGGAACCCUUCUAUCCAUGCUGAUCAGCUUGCUGGUCAAUGGUAUGCUAGGGCAACUGGUCUUUCGCCAAUUGUGGACGAGCAGAAAGUGAAGAGUGCAUUGGAGAAGAUCUACAACUUCAAUGUGAUGAAAUACAAAGGAGGAACUCGUGGCGCCAUCAAUGGGAUGUUACCUGAUGGAAGGGUCUUGCCAGGGAUGCAGUCCAAAGAGAUAUGGCCUGGUGUGACUUAUGCACUUGCUGCUUCCAUGAUUCAAGAACAGAUGGAAGACUCGGGGUUCAAGACAGCUUCUGGUGUGUAUGAAGCUGCAUGGUCACAAACCGGCCUAGGGUACUCAUUCCAGGUCCCAGAAGGUUGGAACACAGAUGACAAGUACAGGUCACUCUGCUACAUGAGGCCAUUGGCAAUAUGGGGAAUGCAAUGGGCUCUCACCAGAGAAAACCUCAUGAAGCAAGAAGUCACCCAUCUUGUUCAUCAGCCACUUACAGAGGAAGAAGGAGAAGCUGCAAGUUAUGAAGAGCUUGCUUGGUAUACAAGGCAGCAUGCCGGGUUCAGUAAAGUUGCUAGGCUUCUCAAAGUGCCUGAGGAUGAUGGUGGGAAAAGCUUCUUGCAGGCUGCCUUUGAAUUUACCUGCAGCAAAUUGCCAUUUUAGGGGUUAAUUUUUUUGAACAAUUCGAUUGUAUGAACUGUGUAUAUAGUUAUAUGAAGCAUCAUAGUGUCAUCCCAUUUUGGUAGAGGUAAUGUAAAGUGAUGUUAUUGAAAGGGGUUUUUGACAAUGAUAUGAAAGGAUUAAUGUGCAGGUGGUUUGUAUUAUGCUCUACAUGCUUCUCUUGGCUAACUUGAGCUAGGUUUAAAGUCAAAAAUCAAAGUGUCUUGAAGGC